UGAAAUUAGCAUGUUUAACUACGUUAGUAGAUGUCUCUACCUGUGCGAGAAGUAGCCACAAACUUACUUAUCCUAUGCCACAAGGCGAUACGGGUUACUCUGCGCCAGUAUGAGAUUUGUAUGUGUGUUUAGGUAAUGGAGGCCGAGAAGUCAAGUGCUUAUUAAAAUUAUUUUAUGAUUGUAUAAAAUGUGUAAUGUUUUAUAAGAGUUUGGCAUUUUGUUACGGUAUGUGAUUUUUUUUAUACAUUGCGAGCGAAACUUCAUUCCACGUCAAAAUUUAUUUGUGCACAUAACCUUUACAGUAAACCCAACUAUUCAGCUCUUAUUCAUUCAUAGUAUCACAGGUAUAAUAGUGCUUAUACACUGAAACAGUUGUGAAGGGAUCGCAUGUUAAAAAUAAUGACAAUGAAUAGUACACAAUUUUUCAGGAAAGAAAUAUAAUUUAGUAAUGUUUCUUCAGAGGCCAUAAUGAUUGCUAGCAGCUAUAGUACAGUAACAUGCAAUGCCUUUAAUGAGUUAAGGAAUGAAUCUGAGUGGUGUGGACAUAGUUCAUUACUUUUAGGAAAGAGUGUCAGGAAAAUAUCGUAUGAAACGGCACCCACAAAAUAUAAUUUUAUAACCGGAGCCCAUAAGCCCUUUAAUAUGUUAGGAAGUCCUCAGGAAAUAACCAGAACUUUACCAAAUGCAGAUUUAAGUGUGUCAUUCAUUGGCAAUGAGUACUGGGAACGUGAUAGUUCAGUUUUGGAUGGCCGUAUUUCUCAAACAGCUCAUGAAACAGAUGAAACACCAGCUCUGAUUUUGAGUCCGAGUGAAGGUGGUAACAUAGAAUUGUCUUCUGAGAAUUUCGCCCGAGAUGUUAGAAGUGUAAAGUAUGAUGCUUCAUCUGAAUUAAGCAGGCAUUUUGCAUGUACGACAGGUCAAGAAAAUUUUCAACCUCACAGUGCAGCCGGAUCAGGCUCUGUUGAAAUUAAAGUAGAAGUAGACCCAAAUCUGUAUGUGACCUGCGGUGACACACAAACGGACAAAUCACAGUCAGAUUGCCACUUGAAGAAUAGUCAAUACAAUAAGCCUAGUGUUGUAUUGUUGCCAGAGACACAUUCCAAAGUGAACAGCAACCAGAAUGUUUGUAUUAAGGAUUCAGGCACCAGAAAUGUUGACAUUACCAUUAACAGACUUAUUGUAGGGAACAAACAAGAUCAGAUAGCAGAUAAUAUUAAUUUGAAACAAUUUGUGAAAGAUGAAUUAGAUAAUAAAUGGAAGAGUGUGAAUAUUGAUGAUAGCGGUGAGGAUGAAGCAAGUGAAUCAAGUGACGGUGAUAGUGAAUUUUGUACUGAAGAAGCCAGUGAGAGUUAUGACCUUGUGAGGAACUGCAGUCCUGAAGAGCAGAUGGACUUACAGCUGUCUCAGUUUUACAAGUUUGAAUGUGAUGAAUGCCCAAUAAAACAGACAUUCAGUACUUUCAAGGUGCUUGUCCAACAUUGCAGGGAUGAGCACCAAUCAAGAGGCUGCGUUUCAUGUUGUGACCAGAGGAUGUGGGAGAGAGAUGAGCUUGUGGGCCACAUGUGCAACCAUAAGCAUACUUACAGGUGUCUUGAGUGUCAGGAAGUAUUCACAAACCAGUCAGCCUGGAAGGACCACCUGAAGCAGCACUCCCCAAAAACAGAUGUGGACCCUUUCCUCUGCCCACAUUGUAACAAGCAAUUUAGCUCCAAAUAUGGUCUGGCCAAUCACAUGAAUCUACACUUGCCAGAGAGCGAACGGCCAUAUAAGUGCCAGUAUUGCAACAAGGGCUUUGGAGCAAAGCACGCCAUGACGAAGCAUGAACGUACACACUUGCCAGAUGAGGAACGGCUGAGUUAUGUCUGCGAUGUCUGUGGCAAAAGGUUUGGAUAUGCCAGCACACUGGAUGGACACCAGCGACAUGUUCAUCAGAACGAACGUCCCUUUGUGUGCCAUAUCUGUGCCAAGUCGUUCCCUAUCAAGGGAGCCCUCACAUACCACCUAACCACGCAUGAAGUGCAGGAUCGUGUACAAUGUACGCAGUGUGGCAUCUGGUUGAAGAAUGAAAAGAUUCUUCGAAUCCACAAAAAGUGCCAUGAAGGGGAACUGUUCACUUGUCCUCACUGUGACAAAGUUUCCAGUACGCGUAAUAAUUUGCGGAUGCACAUGAAAAGACACAGUGAUGCUCGACCACACACAUGUCCACUUUGCACUCGUGCUUUUAAGACACCUCGUGAUCUGAAGACGCACACGGUGCAGCACACUGGGCAGAAGCCCUACAGCUGUCCCUACUGUCCCAAAACGUUCGCUAGUCCAAGUAACUUCUAUGCACACAGGAAGAUGAAGCAUAACAGUCCUGCUGUCUCUUACGAGGGACUGACUACGUCUGGUACAUCACAUUACCAGUAUUAAACCUCUAUCGAUGUGGUAAAUAUUAUUGUUUUGUUUUUGAUACAGUUGUACUGAUAAUUCACAAUGCAUGCUGAUUUACUUAGUAGAGCAAAGGAGGAACUUUUCAUGGUGAUACAGUGAGACUUGUGUGCUGCCAUUAUUGCGUCAUGGUCUCCCAUGGACGUGACUUUCUGAUGCGCAUUUUGUCACCUCAUCUAGGGAUCGAGCCCAGAACUUGCCCUCUCUGUAGGAGGGAUUAUAUCCUGGUAGCCUGGCUGUAAGGGGCUCCAUCAGCACAAAAUGUGAGGUAGGGGGCAACACUAGCACCAUUUCAUAAUGCAUACUGAGAUGAUGUGUGGCAGUGUACUGCCGAAAUGUGCAAUUUCUCUGUGGUGUUUUAUAUAUAAUAUCAAAAUAAUGAAAUGGUAUCUUAGCUGAGCAAAAUCCAUGUUUAUCUUGUGGUUUGAUUGUGCUGGCUCACUAAGGAUGCUGAAUUUGGUAUGGAGGUAGAUCAUAAACAUAUGUACACUCUAUCUGUUGCAGGAACGAGGGUGUGUCAGUGAUGUAGACUCUUACAUCGCCAUCAGAAAUUUACUAUAUUUUGCUUUCAACAUACUUGUCCCAGUGGGAAACUCAAACAUACUUACUCGGUACUUUUCUUGCAUAAAGUUGCCUACACAACAAAGGCUCUGUGGAGUAGCUGGACUGCAUGAAGUGUGUGAACUGUUGAGGUUAUGUCUGACAUUUAGCAUAGAAAACCUGUGCAUAAGAGAUAACUUCUUUCCAAAGAAGAUGAUAAUCGUAAGAACACCAAUGUGUAACAUAUUUACAGUUGCAAGCAAUAAAACAUUUGACUGUACUAGGAUUUGAUCAUGUGACCAUCUGUGUACAAAUCCACUUUGCUGACCUAUGAAGUGUGUUGCAUUUUUGUGUGCAAUUAUAAAUAAAUGUGCAUUAUCUAAAUAUGAGCUUAUGAACUGAAGGGCUGUAGCACUGAAGUAUGCAAUAUGAAAGUAAGCUUUUUGCAUUCAUCGUGGAGUCCCCAUUUGCUUUGUUAUUUGAACGUUUUGUGCGUGUACAUGCUGAA